GUUUCGACCGUAACAGCAAGUUAUGCCACCAUGGGCCUUUUUCAUAUGGCAUUUAGCUCGAUCCUACCUGUUUUCUAUGCAACGCCGAUUGAACUUGGUGGACUUUCCCUUGACCCUCCCCAUAUUGGCGCUAUACUUGCGGCAUCAGGCGUUGCACACGGCGUAUUUCAGCUACUUUUCUAUGCUCGGAUACAUGAUGUCUUCGGGGCAGGAGCUAUUCAUAUCACCGGUGUUAGCUCUGGCAUACCCAUCGUCAUUUUAUUCCCAGUGAUCAAUGCUCUGGCUCGAGCCCAUGGGAUGGGUGUAGCGGUGUGGCUAUGUGUUGCCACUCAACUUGCGAUGACGACUAGCCUGCUCAUGUGCUACC